AUGGCACGACUUGGCCGUGCGGGCUUCCUUGCCCUGGCGGUCGUCUUUCAUCUCAUCUACAUCUUGUCCAUCUUCGAUAUCUACUUUGUCAGUCCCAUUGUCCAUGGUAUGAGGGCAUAUGCGCCUGCACGAGAUCAUCCUCCUGCCAAAAGACUUGUCUUAUUUGUUGGUGAUGGACUACGAGCAGACAAAGCCUUCCAAUCUUUCCCAGAUCCUUCACCUUCUGACCCCGCCAAUGUCGACCUGACCCCUCGACCACUCGCACCGUUCCUUCGUUCCCGCGUUCUCGAACAUGGUACUUUUGGUGUAUCUCACACACGAGUUCCCACAGAAUCAAGGCCUGGACAUGUUGCCCUCAUCGCAGGACUCUAUGAAGAUGUCUCGGCAGUUACUACUGGUUGGAAACUCAAUCCGGUGGACUUUGACAGUGUCUUCAACCGGAGUCGGCAUACUUGGAGUUGGGGAAGUCCCGAUAUUCUUGCCAUGUUCAAGGAAGGCUCAGUCCCAGGUCGAGUAGACGCGGAUCAAUAUGGUGAAGAGUUUGAAGAUUUCACUUCGGACUCGACCAUGUUGGAUAUCUGGGUGUUUGACAAGGUCAAGGAGCUAUUCAAAUCGGCAAGCACAAAUUCUACUCUGAAUAGUGCUUUAAGGCAAGAUAAACUGGUGUUCUUCUUGCAUUUAUUGGGCUUGGAUACUGCUGGUCAUGGAUACCGUCCUUAUUCCAAAGAAUAUCUCCACAACAUCAAGAUCGUGGAUCAAGGAGUCGAGGAAAUCACAAAUUUGAUCAAUGAUUUUUACGAUGAUGGCGAGACUGCUUACAUCUUUACCGCCGAUCAUGGCAUGAGUGAUUGGGGUAGCCAUGGAGAUGGGCAUCCAGAUAACACAAGGACACCCCUAAUUGCAUGGGGUGCAGGUGUUGCCAAACCUCAACUACAUCCUAAUGGUGUCGCCCCAGGCCAUGAAGAUGGCUUCUCCUCUGACUGGGGGUUGGAACAUGUCCACAGACACGACGUCGGUCAAGCUGAUGUCGCUCCUUUAAUGGCAUACCUGGCUGGGUUGGAAUAUCCUGUCAACUCGGUCGGAGAGUUACCAUUGUCUUACCUCUCAGCCACUCCUAAGGAAAAGGCCAACGCUGCUCUCACCAAUUCAAAGCAGGUUCUGGAAAUCUAUAGAGUCAAGGAGCAACAGAAGAAGGCCACCGCGUUGAAAUUUCAGUCUUAUCCACCCUUCUCAAGGGCAAAUUCCUCCAUCACAGACCGAGUAUCGGCCAUUGAGUCUGCCAUAUCUAGGGAGCACUAUGAUAUAGCUAUUGAGAUUUCAGCCGACCUUUUACAUCAUGCCAUCCAAGGAUUGCGUUAUUUGCAAACUUAUGACUGGCUUUUCCUGCGAGCCUUGAUCACUUUGGGCUAUUUCGGCUGGAUCACCUACGCUAUCACGACCGUUAUCGAUUUACAUGUUCUCCAUGGCGCAGUAUCGGAGGAGCGAACUCUUGCUUCGACAAUCACGUUCUCAUCCAUCCUUGUUCUCCUGUAUUCAUCUUUUGUUAUUGAUCGAUCACCAAUCACAUACUACGCAUAUGCCAUAUUCCCAGUCUUCUUCUGGGAAGAAAUAUUUGCCAGGAGAAAGGCAUUGGUUUCGGGCUUCAAGAUUCUCUUUGGCCAUGUUGAAGGAAUUUCUGGCCAUUCGGCUCUUGCCUUCCAAGUUGUGCUCUACAUUGUCGCACUAGAAGCAUUCGUACAAUCAUAUUUCCACCGUGCAAUUUUGACUGUCUGUUAUAUUAUUGGCGCUGUCUAUCCCAUUGCCUAUGGAAAGAAUUUUGUGCGGAAGAACUUUGUUCUUGUACUUGCAUGGGCAGCUGGCUGCUCAAUUCUAAGCACAUUCACAUUGUUACCGGCCAACAAAACUGAAAAUUCGAACACCAUCACUGCCGGAGGGCUUCUCAUGGUUGGAGCUGGUCUUUUUUAUCUCAUCUUCGAGCAUCAAAUCACUACCCGAUCCAAAUCCUACCAGGAAACGAUAUCUCAACCUAACCAUGUUUCAAGGCUUCUCAUGGGACUUCAGAUUGGAGUCCUUGUAUUAACAAUAAUCGUCACGCGUUCAAGCGCUGCAUCACUCCAAGCGAGGAAAGGCCUGCCAUUUGGAAAUCAGGUCGUUGGAUGGUUGGUGUUGGUUUUGUCGUUGAUCCUACCAUUUGUACACCGAAUAUCCCCUAACAAGCAUUACCUCCAUCGACUCGUCAUCAUCUUUCUCUCAUUCUCACCAACUUUCGUCCUACUAACAAUCUCAUAUGAAGGACUAUUCUUCUUCACAUUUUGUUCUACCUUACUGACAUGGGUACGACUCGAGCAUGUCAUUCAAUUGCACGACACGGAAACGACUGCAUCUCCAGCAACUCCGCCAUCUGAUAAGGCGUCAAAUGGUGUUACAAUCACCUCCGUGUCCAAACAGCCGGCGAAUCUCAAAUCAGACACGACUUUCCGCACCUUGGCCCUUGCAGAUCUCCGUCGAGCUCUAUUCUUCCUCUUCUUUCUACAAUCUGGGUUCUUCUCGACUGGAAACAUCGCAUCAGUCUCCAGCUUCAGUCUCGAAGCAGUCUAUCGCCUGAUUCCAAUCUUUGAUCCCUUCUCACAAGCUGCUCUACUUCUUUUCAAGAUUAUGGUUCCGUUCGCAAUAAUCUCCGCAGCAUUAGGCAUCCUGAACCGUCGCCUGGGUCUACAAUCAUCAGCGUUGUUCAUGGUCGUCAUGGCAGUGAGCGAUGUCAUGACAUUGAAUUUUUUCUGGAUGGUCAAGGACGAAGGUAGCUGGUUGGAUAUUGGAACCACUAUCAGCCACUUUGUCAUUGGAAGUGGUUUGGCCAUUUUCGUCGCUGGGCUGGAAGGCCUCAGUGAAGUCCUCAUUAGUGGUGUCGAGGUCGAAUCGUAUGAAGACAAGGCCAACGCUGCGGGUAUGGAUACUAUCAAUGGGGGAAAGAGUUUAAGCGACCACACACAUGCUAACGGAAAGGCAAAUGGUGCUGCUGUUAAUGAGCGACCUGUGAUUGAGUGA